GUGAAGGUGCCCACGCGCGGAAGAGAGAGAGAGAGAGAGCGGUAGGGGUUUCGUGAACGCGAGAAGGUACGACUCGCUAGGGCGAAGGAACGACCCCGGAUUCGAAAACUUCGAUCUCCAAUUUCUUUCUUCGAUCCUCAAUUUCUCUCCUCCUGAAGUAUCUCUCUCUAGGAGCAGUGGUGGUAUUGAGGCUGUUGUCAAACAGAAAAGAAUCUUGCAUAAGAUUUCCCUUUGCUGCUGGAACCCUUCGUUGACUAAGGAAUCUUAGAUCCUGGUUGAAGAUCCAGAAAAUGGAUUGAAGGAUGAUGGGCUUGCAUUAAGAUAAGGAGGAAUCAACAAAGACACGAGACUUAAAGGAUUGAAUUGUUGUUUCCAUCAUAUUCAGGAAAACGUGCGGCCUCAACUAUGGCUAGACACCCACAUCAUACACCCUCACAGCCAGAAAUGCAGAAUGAAUUCCAAAACCAUCCCUACCCUGAAAUGCAGAAUGAAUUCCAAAACCAUCCAUACCCUGAUCAUCGCUUUGUCCGUGGGCAAUUGAUGCCGCCUCCCAACCUUGCUGCUAUACAUGGAGACAAUUCUCAAGCUUACUUCAAUACACCAAUUAGAUCAAACUAUCAUCCAUCAUGUAGUAACAAUUCUAAUCAUCCCAACUACUAUCCUGCACAUUUCGGAGCAUCGCAUGGUACCCACCUUCACUAUCCACCUCGUACCGAACUUCUAGCAAAUCAUGCUCAACCUGGGCCUUCUUGCCAUCGUCCGCAUGCAGUUGCUCCUCAGAUGAACAAUAGAAGUUCGGCACUGAAAAGAAAAACUCCGGAUAGGAAUACAGCAGAUGCUUAUGGGAAUUAUUCUGGAAGUUCCUCUGACUUCCGCUAUUCCUGUGGUAAUUUACAACCCAAGCCUACUCCAGCUUAUGAACAGGCUGUGCCUUCAAAUCCCACAAGCAUAACAGAAGGGUUUCAGAGGAAUGUUCGAAGCCGAGAUAGCCAUUCCAAUUCCCGUCCUUCAGAAUUCAAUCGGAUUGGGUUCAAUCCAUCAAACAUGCCUCAGCCUACCUCUUCACAGGCAAAUACUUCUGGUCAGAGAAUACCAGAGCAAUGGAGUCAUGCUCCUGUACCUCCCCAUGGAAGAAGUUUACCUUCAGGGACUGUCACAAGCAGCUCUGCUGCAACAAUCAGAGACAGGGAAUAUUAUCCCACCCAGAAUAGAAAUCCAAUUAUUCCAGUGCCCACUAGUCCCAGUCCUUACAUGCAAGGACCAGGAUCAGCCCGUGGUGUCUAUUGUAAUAGACCGGCUCCUCAUCUAGCUGCGACGAGCCACCCAUCUAUGAGAUCCUUACCCAUUUAUUUAGGAAAUCAAGCUAUCGUACCUUCUAGACAACAUUCGAGGCCACUGGCUACAACAGGACGUAAUGAAGAUCAAAGGGAGAGAAGAUUUGGGAACCCUUAUGAGAUGUUGCAGCAUUUUGUGAUUGUCAACGAUUUUGAUCCGUAUUGGGACAUGAGGCUUGACAUAGACGACAUGAGCUAUGAGGAACUACUUGCUUUGGAAGAAAGGAUUGGGAAUGUCAGCAUGGGACUCUGUGAUGAAGCAAUUUCAAGAUGUUUGGUGGAAACUGCUUGCUCUUCUUCAAAUCAGAGAAAAGAUGGUCAAGAGGGAGGAAUCUGUGUAAUAUGCCAGGAAGAAUACAAAAGUGAAGAUCGUUUGGGGAGAUUGAGAUGCAAGCAUGAUUUUCAUGUCGAGUGUGUCAAGGAAUGGCUGCUCAAAAAGAAUGCAUGCCCAGUCUGCAAAACCGCUGCUGCCGAAGACACCUCUAAGAAGAAGCACUGAUCCCUUUCACAUGAAAAGUUUCAAACUAGUGUCUUUGUAAAUAUUCUUUCUCAGGCGGACGUGUUAGGGGAAAGGUAAAUGUUAUGAAGUGUUAUUGUUAGUACUGGAAUUUCUCAUGUUUUUAUUUUUUAUUUUCCUGAAUCAAGGCAAAUUAUUUCUUUAAAGACGUGGAAAGAUUCAAAGGGAACUGCUUUUACAGGGGA